AUGACAUCAUCAUGUUCUGAUUGUACUAUUGGUCUAGUAGUAUUUGGCCUAAUUAGUCUAUUAUUUGCUUUAGCAUUUAUAUCUAUCGGUGCUCUAGAAUAUGAAAAGACACUUACUUAUAAAAGUACAAUAUGUUGGGUAAACUCAAUAACAAUGGUGAAAAGAACAUUUUCAACAAAAAAUGGUCCCAUGACAUCAGAAUAUGCAAAAUAUAAUGUCAGUUAUAUAAUUCCUAUUAAUUUGUACACAACAAUGUCGACGACUUUUGAAGAAAGUAAUGGACUAAGUAAACACCCGAUUCAUUCGUCCGAUACAUGUUAUUAUGAUACGACAAAUCCAUACAAAGUACAAUGGAAAAAACGCAGUCCACAACAACUACUUACAGUUGGAAUUUUCUUUGCAUUACUAGGAAUUAGUAUGCUAACUGUGGCAUGUUAUUAUGUUUUAAAAAUUUAA